AUGGCUAAAUCGGAGAGCCUGCGCACCAAGGCAUACGUCGUGGCCGAGACAGGUGCGCCUUUCAUAUUGCAAGAUGUGUUUCUAGACGAGAUGCAGCCGAGCGAAGUCCUUGUCGAGAUCUUGUACACGGGCAUCUGUCACACCGACAUUGUGGUCCAGCAGGGCGGCAUGCCCAUCGGCGGGUACCCGUGCGUCCUGGGACACGAAGGUGUCGGAAUGGUCAAACAGGUCGGCGCCGACGUAGCGAAUACAUCCUUACGACCAGGGGACACCGUACUGCUCUCGUUUCACACCUGCCGUGAUUGCAGGGCCUGCAAGGAUGGACGUUUGGGAAGUUGCCCCCACAUGACGGCUACAAACUUCAUCAAUACGGCGCGCAGGGGGCCAGGCGCGAAGUCGCCUAUCUCUCUCCCAGACGGCACACCAGUGCAUGGCCAGUUCUUCGGCCAGUCGUCGCUUGGCAAGCAUGCUGUCGUGGCGGAGCACUCCGUGAUCAAGAUCGAUGCCCGACCCGAGGACUUGCAGUUCCUCGCUCCGCUCUCAUGCGGCUAUCUUACCGGAGCCGGCACCGUCAUCAACGUUUUGCGUCCGCAGAGUCACACGAGGCUCGCCGUGCUAGGUAUGGGCGCCGUCGGCCUGGCGGCGAUGCUGGCAGCCAAAGCCGUCGGCGUCCAAGAGAUCAUUGCCGUCGACAUUGUCGAUGCGAAGCUCAGACUGGCUUCGGCACUGGGAGCUACGCAUACACUGAACUCUAAGGGGGUCACAGAGCUCAGUUCGGGCAUCCGGUCGAUAUUCCAUGACGGCGUUGACCAGAUCAUCGACACCACGGGAGUCGCGGCUCUUCUACAACAAUCAUUUAAUGCUCUUGCACAUGAAGGCACAUUAGCUCUGGUGGGCGUACCCAACCCGGCUGCCACCCUCCAGGUCAAUGCCUUGGAUUGGCUACUAUCUUGCAAGAGGCUUAUUGGGGUGAUUGAGGGCAGCGCGAACCCGCGGGAGUUGAUCCCCAAGCUAGUGAAACUAUUCCAGGAAGGAAAGUUCCCUGUUGACAAGAUCGGCAAAGUCUAUCCUGCCCAGAAUCUGGAUGAAGCAAUUGCGGAUCUCAAGUCCGGAGCUUUCCGCAAGCGCAACUUGAAGUCCACCAGUGGCGGAUAUGGACGAGAUUCUGUUUGCCCUCUGUUGACCUGGCGAGGACAUGCCGAGCUAGUAAACAGCCCUACCAACCAAAUGGCCACCCCCUCCGCCAGCAUCGCCGUCAGAGCAGCUGGCCUGCUUCAAGGCAGAGUCUCCAUUAUCACCGGGGCCUCAAACGGACUCGGACGAGCGACCGCCCUUGCGUUCAUGAAUCAAGGUGCGUCUGUCGUUUGCGCAGACCUCAAACCUUCUCAGCGGGACGAGCAGGCCACCCACAAACUCAUCCGAGAGCAGGGAGGAAAGGCCAUCUUUGUGCAGACCGAUGUUGCGGAUGAACAAAGUGUCCAGAGCUUGAUAUCACAGGCAGUGAAGGAGUUCGGAAGGCUUGAUGUCAUGAUGAAUAAUGCAGGCAUCGCGUUCGAAGCAGCUCAGCCCCGACCGAUCUGGGAGACCGCCGUGGAUGAGUUUGACGCAGUCUGCCGCGUCAACUUGCGAGGAACAUUCCUGGGCUGCAAGUAUGCCGGCGCACAGAUGCUUCGCCAGCCCCGGAUCGAAGGCUACGCCAAGGCUGGAACCAUCAUCAAUGUCGGCUCUGUCCUCGGCCUCCUUGGACUCGCAGGAGCACCGGCGUACUCUGCUACCAAGGGUGCAGUAGUAGCACUGACGAGAGCUGCUGCUAUGGAUUUUGGUCCUCAUCAUAUCCACUGCAACUCGAUUCUUCCCGGCUAUACACGGACAGCGAUGAUCUCGAGCAUGACAGACGGUGGAGAGACUGAAAGCCACUUUGCGCAAUGCCACCCACUCAAGAGGCUUGGAGAGCCAGACGAGAUUGCCAAUGCUGCUGUCUUCCUGGCCAGCGACUUGUCGAAAGGCAUUACUGGCGUUAAUUUGUCCGUCGAUGGAGGGUUGCAUGCGCAGCUGAGAUUCUAG